AUGUCCACUGCAGAGGACUUUGAUGAUGCCAGAAGUGCGUCUUCCAGCGGCGCCUCCUCUCGCAGUGCCAGUCGCAGGAAGAGGACAAGUUUCUCCAAAGAACACGUGGAGCUUCUGAGGGCCACUUUUGAGACAGACCCUUACCCUGGCAUCAGCCUAAGAGAGAGCCUGUCUCAGAGCACAGGCCUUCCAGAGUCCCGCAUUCAGGUGUGGUUCCAGAACCGCAGAGCUCGUACGCUGAAGUGCAAAGGAGCCAAGAAGACGCUGUGGCAGACUGAUAGUCCAGUUGAGGAUGCUUCAGCUCCACUUGUUGCCCGGGGGCUUCAGACGGGGUCCAUGGUGCCACUGGGCCCACCGCCAUCCUAUCCUGCGCAAGUGAAGGAGGAGACAGAAGAAGCCUGUUUUUAUGCUCAGUGUCCUCCAGUUUACCCCACUAUUAAAGAACAUGGACACUAUGCAUCCAUAUACGGGCUGCAUCAGGGCACACCCGUAGGUAACCGCACCAGCCCACCCCUGAGGGGCUACUGGUCUCAUCAAGGCACCCAAUCAUCUCCCAUGACCCCGAUAUGGUGCCACUCUCCCCUGAAGGGGCAGAACUAUGGCCCAAAUUCCAACCAAGCCCCAACCUUCAUGUACCCAGGGGCUGCCGAGCAACAUAUAUACUUCCCCUCGUCCAGCUGUCACUCUUCCACCCCAGACACACCGGAUUCUGGGUACUGGGACGCCGGCCUGGAGAACAGCCCUUCGUUGGAGCCGCACUACACACAGCUGGAGGAUUCAUGGAGUUUUCUGGAAGGCAGCAGGGAGGCUGGAUUUGCACCCCUGCAACAACAUACUCCUUUACCUGAGCUGUCACUGCAGGAGAUUCUGGGCGAGCUGGAUGAGGACUGGCUGGGGGGAGAGGGACUAGACGGACGUGGUGCUCAGGACAAAAUGGCCCUGUGCUGA